AUGGCGGUCGACCGAAACGCCGCCGAAGCGGCGCCGACCUCGCGGGACUUCCCCCUGUAUCUUGACAUCGGUAGAGGACUCACUGCCAAGUUCGAGGAACACGACUACGCCGUUCUCACAAACCAUAGCCUAGAGUUUAAUGCCCGCUGCUUGGGACUCGGCCUCAACGUCGUGAUCAUUCUGUACCCCGGUGAUUUGUUGAAGGCAUCAGGGCAGAAGAUCAGGACAUCGAUCAGGCACGCCGACCCGCAGACAGUGAAGGAAUGGCACCGCGACGAGGCGAUCCGCGUGCUGAAGUUUUUCCGGGAGGCGGUUCUGGCCGAGCUGCGGCGCGAUGGUAGGAAAUGGGAGUGGGCGAAGCCGUCCGAAGAAGAGGUGCAGGAGAGGCUCGCCGACUGCGAUCGCCCCCUUCGAGAUAAAGUGGCCAACGCCGUCCGGGACGGGGACGCUGGCUUCGGUCUGCUAGCAAUGAGCGCGCUGCUUUGGGCUGUGAGGCGGAUGGAUCUCCUGACAGGCGGCCUUCGUCGCAGUGUCACCAGCAUGGACAAGGUCAACGUUUCGGGGUUGAAGAAGCUGCGGACUGAUAUGGUGGCCUGGAUCAAGAAGCUAGUAGCGCGCAAACGGGCGGGCCAGGUCGGAGUUGCUGCCGACGCCUGUGACGACGACGGCGAGGAGGUCCAUUCAGCAUUCCAAGCAGUCGGUGUCGCCCGCACCGUCGCUGAUGCGCGUGGGACCACGAUAGGAAAGCCGGGAGGCGGCGUCGACGAGGAUGAUGGGGAGGCUGGAAAGGGGGUAACUGGUACCGAGGAGAAGCACCAGGACGAGGAUCGUGAUGAGGAUCAUGAGGAGGAGGGGGGCUCGGAGGAGGAUCGUGAGGAGGGUCGUUUGGAGUCGGAGUCGGAGUCGGAGUCGGAGUCGGAAGGGGAGGAGGAGGAAGAGGAGCAGGGGAAGCAGGAGGAGGUGGAGCAUAAGGAGCAGGAGCAGGAGAAGCAGCUAGAGGGGGAGCAGGAGGAAGAGGUGGAGUUGGAGGUGGAGGAACAGGAAGAACUGGAGGUGGAGUCUGUAGCUGCUGGAGCGGCGGAAACGGGUGAAAGGUCGGCGGACGUUGAGAACGAGGAAGGGGAGGGGAAGAGUGCGAUGUCAGCAGAUCUCGAAAAGGAGAAAGAGGAGGUCGGCGUGGAGGCGGCUCACGGGGGGAGUGGGAAUGUCGUGGUCGGCGAUCGGGAGGGAGGUGUAGACCUGGAGGCCGUAGAAGAAGGGGAUAACGCCGCGGCCACGAAGCAGACGGGCGUGGAAGUGACUCACGGGGGGGAGCGGUCUAGGAGGAAGAAGGCGGCGAGCGGUCACCCCGGUUCUACCGCAGCUAGUCGGCAGGCGCGGCUGGACAUCGUCGAGCAGCUGCGAGAGGAGAACAGGCGACUGCGGGCCGACAAUGCACGACUGGAACGGCGGCUCGGCGCAACGUAG